AUGGAUUUUGUUGACCCGGAGCCUGCUGUGGCCCCAGAGCCUUUAGCUGCUCCUGACCCUGCAUUAGAGCAUGACCCUGUUCAUGAUGAUGCACCAGCCAUUGCACUUUUUGUUGAUGAUGUACCCGCUGCUGACGCGCCUGCUGACGCCCCACUCUUGAUAGAGGAUCCUGUUGUUGCACCAUUUCCUGAUCCUGUGUCGGUGCUGUUCGACCGUGCACCUUUUGCUACUCAUAUAGAUCCACGUUACGCCGACACCCGUAACGAGUGGAUUGAUGACGAUGACGAUUACCCACCUUUUGUGCGACCUGUUACACCACCAGUAGCCUCCGUUUCAGCACCCAUUUCUGCACCUACUGAUAUCCCACUGUAUCCCCCACACGCCACAGAUGCUCAUCGCACAGAUCUUCCUGUUACGUUCCUUCAGGACAUACCGCCAAGGCGUCCUGGAGAGGGGUCAUCUAGAUAG